GGCGUGAGGGCUCACGGGCAGGAUGCCGCUGGUGAAGAGGAACAUCGAGCCCCGGCACCUGUGCCGGGGGGCUCUGCCCGACGGGGUGACGAGUGAGCUGGAGUGUGUCACCAACAGCACCCUGGCUGCCAUCAUCAAGCAGCUGGGCAGCCUCAGCAGGCACGCUGAGGACAUCUUCGGGGAGCUGUUCAAUGAGGCCAACAGCUUCUACAUGAGGAUGAACUCGCUGCAGGAGAGGGUGGACCUGCUGGUCAUCAAGGUGACGCAGCUGGACUCCACUGUGGAGGAAGUUUCGCUACAGGACAUCAACAUGAGGAAAGCCUUCAAGAGCUCCACGGUGCAGAACCAGCAGGUUGUGUCUCGCAACUCCAUCCCCAACCCGGUGAUGGAGAUGUACCAGCGCUGCGACAAACCCCCGCCACUCAACAUCCUCACACCCUACAGGGAUGACAAAAAGGAUGGCCUCAAAUUCUACACCGACCCCUCCUACUUCUUCAAUUUAUGGAAGGAAAAAAUGUUGCAGGCAACAGAAGAUAAGAGGAAGGAGAAGCGCAGACAGAAGGAGCAGCGGCUGGUGGAGGACUCCACCCGGGAGGUGAAGAAAGUGAGGAAAGCCCGGAACCGGCGGCUGGAGUGGAACAUGAUGGCAUAUGAUAAAGAGUUCCGGCCCGAUAACAGGUUCUCACCAUCCCCCUAUCACAUGGCGUCAUCGGAAGGAUCACUGUCCCCAGAUAAUAGAUCCUACGCGUCGGACGCGGCCGACCACUCGUACCCGGCGAGCCCCAACCACCCCGCGCAGCUGCUGGCCCCGGCGGAGCACAAGGAGGGGGUGCUGGCCCCCCCCAACCCCCAGGAGCACGUGUACCGCCCGGCCCCGGGCAGCCGCCAGAACAGCCUCAACCGGCUGCAGCAGCCCCACGCGCCGCCACCGCCCGAGGCCGUGCUCAACGGGCCCAGACCACACCUCGUCAAGGACUACGGCCCUCAGCCGGUGCCCAUGGCCGAGUACUUCGUGCCGCCGGCCCCGCCGCCCCCACCGCCCGUCAUCCCCUCGGCACAGACGGCCUUCGACAGCCCCAUCUCGGCCCCCCCCGCGCUGGCCCCCGGCUCGGCCGGGCCCCCCUCCUACGCGCCCUCGCCGCCCCCCGCGCCCCCCGGCCCCUACUCCGCGUCCCCGCCGCAGGCCGGCCCCAUGGGCCCCCCGGUGGCCCCCCCCCCGCCGCCCCCGGGGCCCCCGGCGGUCUCUGCCUCGCCAGCACACUCGGCCUCACCACCCGCCCCCGCCGUGGAGCCUCGGAAGCCGCAGAUCCCGCUGAUGCCCAUGAGCGACGCCCGGAGCGACCUGCUGGCAGCCAUCCGCAGGGGGAUCCAACUCCGGAAAGUCCAGGAGCAGUGGGAACAAGAGGCCAAGAAAGAGCCUGUGGGCAAUGACGUGGCGACGAUCCUGUCGCGGCGGAUCGCGGUGGAGUACAGCGAGUCCGACGACGACUCCGAGCUGGACGAGAACGAGUGGUCAGACUGAGGGGCCCCGGGCUUGGCUGGGCUGGGCUGGGCUGGGCUGGGCUGGAGGAGCCCCCAGCUCUGCCCCGGGUGUGUAUAGGCGCCUCCCCCACCGUCGAUGCCGACGAGCGCGGGCGGCCCCACUCGUCCAGGAGCUUUGCUUUUACACUUUGUCCAAAACCCUGCGGGCAGCAGCAGCACUGGUAGGAUACACCUCGGAGGCAGUGAGACCAGACAUUAGCAGCACCUUCACGUUUAAUGACUUCCAAAAUUCUCUGAAGGCAGGUUAAUAGGAUUGCUCCGGGUUUACACCUGGAGCAGGAGCAGAGGCUGGCCCUGAGUGUGCUUUGCGUGAGGAGGGAGCCCCAGAGGCAGCAGCGCUUUUCCAGCUGGAUGGUAACUGUGGUAACGAGAAGCUCCUGGAGAAGAAGCCUGUUUGCACAGCUGGUGCCACCAUGGGAGCUCAGGGAUGGCCCUGCAUGGGCCUGGGGACCCUCUGCUGUCAGAGUUUUUAGGGUCAGGCAGCUCCAAAGGCUGCCCAUGAGCAGGAGCCUCCUUCCCCUGAGGGUGAUGCACCAUGUUUAGCAGCAGCUCCGUAGGGAUGUUCUCCAUCACACUGUCACUCCCUGGAGAAUCACAGAAUGGUUGGGGUUGGAAAAGACCUUUGAAGCCCAUUGAGUCCAAUCCCUUGCAAUGAACUGGGACCCCUUCCACUAGACCAGGCUGCAUGAGAAGACCAAGGUGUUGGUGACCUGAGCCCAUUCUGUCCUUAGACUGGUUUUCUGGGAGAAAAGGGUGAAGGCAAGGCUUGUGUGGCUGGCAGGGACACACAGCCUUGUCUUUGCCAGCGAAGGAUUAAGGUGUCCAGAGAGCUUCCCCAGACCCAGCUCUCCUUGACCUUAAUGUGACACCAUUUCAGUGUUAUUUGAAAAAGAAAAAGAAGUUAAUUAGACAAUCUGCUGCUUUUAGGUAAACUCUUAACUUGCCCUUUGCAGCCCCACAUACUGUGCCUGUACAACUGAGACCAACUCAGAGCCAGGCACUGGUUCCCCCUCCCUGAUCCUGCCCCAUUCCCUAUCCCACAGGGGGGUGCUGAUGGGGGAGCUGGAGAGCCAGGCCCCUGCCACAGCACUGAAAAUACCUGUGCUCACAUCAAAAUAGAGAGUGAUUCACCCAAGGCUUUUCUCCUCCCUUCACGGAGGGAGGAGGUACAGGAAGGCAGAGAGAAGGGGUGGGGAGUACUGAAAAUAUCACAGUCAGGUGCAAAAACCUGCAGAGAGCUGGGAGACAUUCCCCACCAGCAGAAAAUGGGCCAGGACCAGCUGUGGACUUGCCAGAAUGGUGUCCCCAGGCCCUCUCUUGUGUUCCCUUAUACCACAAGGCUCUGAAUGGGGGAAGAGUGAGGCCCCAUGUUGCAGCUCUUCUGAGGAAAGCCUGGGCUCUGUGCCUGCCUCUCUGCCUCUCCCAGCAGCCAUGUAGGUGAUGGCUACAACAGAAGGAUUUUGACUCUCCAGAAGCAACCAGACCAGUAAAGGAGAUGGGAGGGUACAGCUGGGACCCAAAGGCUCAUCCUUAAGUUCGUAGAAUCCUAGAGUGCUUUGGGUUGGAAGGGACCUUACAUCUCACCUCAUUCCAAUCCCGUGCCAUGGGCAGGGACGCUUUCCUCUAGACAGGUUGCUGGUUCCUCACCCUGGGAAGUGCUGGUGUUGAACAACACCCCAAACAUCUGCUCAUUUCCCCCUGGUGAGAAACUUUUCAUGGCCAGAUGUGGUGAAUCCUCUGCCCAGCUGCUGAGAAAUGCCCCCAGGAGCUCUCCUUUCUCUUGGCUGCCACAAAACGGUCUCUUGUCCCUUGGGAGUGACACCUCCCACACCUCCACACCUGGACUCUGAGCUGUGGUGCCAAGUGGGCUUGAGCAAAGGGGCAGCAUGGAUGUGGGAGAGGGCAAGGCAAGAAGCAGAAGUGCAAUAGGAUGCAUGGAAUAGCUCAUCUACAAAACCCAAGGAAGCAGGACUGACCAAAGGAGGCAGGGAGACACAAUGCACCAGGAGGUCAGGAAAUUCCUGAUGCUUGGUGCUCGCCAAGAGCUCUCGUUUCUGAUAUAGACCCUCUGAAACACAGGGAACUGGCUGCAAAAGCUUUUGGCCAAAGCCUGGCCAAGACAGCCCCUGUGAUGGGCCUUCCUUGGGAAAGCAGCUGGGAUUUGACCUGGAACAUGUUCAGAAGGAAGUGUUGUAAAAAUUCAGAGCAACAUUUAAGCAGAUUCCUGGUGGUAUUUAUUGUGGAGCGUUAUUAACGUAGACAUGAUUCUAAUCCUGUUUGUGUGUGAAGAGAAAGUGGAUUUAUUUGGAUAAUUUAGAAAAAGUAAUACAUUUUAUGAGGGAGAGAGAAUAGCAGGGGCUGGGGGAGCUGCUCUUACCUGUUAUGGGGGUCAAAGGGCUGCAGAGUCAGUGGGGGGGACCCAGUGGGGGCUCAGGCAGAGCUGAGUCCCACCAGCCCUGGGAAAGGGUUCAGGGACACAUGGGACUGGCUUGUCCCUUGGAUCUCUGACUGGCCCAAUUCUGCAAAGCUGAGCCAGUCCUGGUGAGAACUGGAGAGUGGUCCAGUGCUCCUGGAAGACCAAACCCCUUCUUUUCAUGCACCAGUUGCUCUGUGUGUGUCACGUUGGAACUGUGGUCAUUCUGGCAGGACUCUGGUGUGUGGCAGGUCAGGACUGUCCCUGUAGCCUCCCACUGCCCUGUCACCUCCCCGCAGCUGUGCUGCACUUGGGAUUGGCAGCUGUCAGUCAGCCCAUGCCAGUGUCAGGGUCGAUGCUGUUCCAUGGCAAAGCACUUGACAAUCAGAAUGUCUUUGCUUGGAAGGGACCUUGAAGGUCAUCUAGUUCCCUCAAUCCUUGCCUGCCCUGUGCACAGGCCACAUCUGCAGAGUGGGUGUACAGCUGGGAGCCUCAGGAGGGCAGGUAGCAAGGCUCCCCUGCCCACUCUUCCCCACUCCUUUAUGUUCUUACACCAUCCUCUCCCCUUUGGACAUCCCAGCACAUCCUCACCAUUCAUAUUCUGCUUACAAUCUCCAGCCCUUGAUAACACAAAGACAUUUCAUGUGCUCAAGUCCAAAGCAAGUCAGCAGGACCAUAACUUCCCAGCAUUGCCCAUUGCUUGAAAACAUCAUGAUCCUCCUCUUCCAGGGAUCUGAACUGCCGUGGCAGCCCUUAAGCUGUCCUGGUAGCAGGGAUGGGGCUGAUCCCCUGCCCUAUCCUCAUCCCAGUGAGGUCUGCAGCAGAGCUCGUUGCUCAGCUCUCUGCUGUAGCUGGUGGAGAAGUGACCUGUGUAGUUAGGGUGGGCUGUAGAACCCAUUUCUGGUCUGGUCACAGUGAUGCUCUUCCCAGCUCUCCCAACAGCACCACAAGGCAGGCAAGCACCCGGAAUUGCUAAGGUUGGAAAAGACCUCUAAGAUCAUCAAGUCAGACCAUUAAUGCCACAUGGUGGCACUGAGAGCCCCGAUCUCAUGGCACAGCCACUGCAUCCUCAGCACCUUCACCCGGCAGUUCAGCCACGCUGAAGCGUGACCAGCUUCAUUUUAGGCACAUUCAUCUGCUUUUUGCCCAGGUGACCUAUGAAAUCCAACAGAAGCAACACCAGUUCCUUGGCUGGGCUGGGCUGGCGCUGCUGGAGUUGGUUGUGCCCCACUCAUUAACACUGCCUGUCUGACCCACAUGCUGCACACUCCAUAUUUUGUACAUAUGUGCCUAUUCCCGGAUAUUCUUCCCAAAGUAGGCCAUGCUGUGUUACACAACUUGAAAUGCUCAAAUCCUCAUGUGGGCUGAUAUAAAAGUGAAUAUUUAAAUAUUUUAUCUAGCUUGGCAGACAUUAAAAAAUACAAUCCAGGUCACAGAUGAUUGAAUUUCUCCUCUCUCAAGAGUACCAGAAUUGGGCUGAGGAGAUCCUCCUGUAUAUUAAGGUAUCAUGUUCCAUGUUAAAAUAUAGCAGUGGCAUUUCUUUGCCAAUGGAUAAUCACGGAGUGCCAAACAUUUAAUGAGCCCAACUGAUCUCCUGAGAGCUCCUCUUUCCAUUUUAUCUGCUUUCCCCUGCUUGCCAAUUUAUGGGCAUAGAUUAAAAAUAAUAAAUAUGACUGCCAACGGGGGGAAGAACACCCUGAGUGCAUACAGAUGGAUUGGGCUGGAGUCAGUGGAACAGUAAAUAAGCCAGUUUUGUUCUGCUUGGAGAUAUUAAUGGAAGGCUGCGGUCCUUGAGCUCCAUCAGGAACCUCUUGGACAUCUCUGGUUCAUCUAAAAAUGGACGCUGUGGGGACCAGAAUGUCCAUGGUGCAUCUGUGAACCUACACCAGGUGUGAAGUCUGGUUUUGCUCAAGUUUCUGAAGGUUGGUGGAAGUCUAGCAGUGUUCAUGCCUGGCCUUGCACUCAGCGUCUCCUUGGGUUAGAGGGACCAUUGGAGCUGGCUCUGGAUGCUGGUUAGAGGUGUCCUGAAGGAAGAAUGGAUUGGGUAGUUUCUAACUUUGCACCCUGGGAAGAAACCUAGAGAGGAGUGAGCAUCACAUCCCAUGAGAGCUCCUGCUUCUGCCGAUGUUUUUUCUGGGGAAGGUUUUGCUCCUGGGACAAACAUGAGGCUGAACUUGGCUUCUCCAGAGACCUCCCUCAAAUUUUCUCCCAGCAACUUUUUCAUCUCUAUUUCCCUUUCAAGACAUCCAACAGCCUGAACAGAAGCUUUGCAGACUCCCUUGGGGACAGAGCCUGAAUUUAAACCUCAGCUUUAACGAUAAACAGAAGUUUUGCUUGGAGGGAGGUGGUGUUUUGGAGGGUGCAUUCCAGAGGUCCAUGGCUGGCAGGAACACAGUGCCAUUUCCCCGUGGAUGGACCGUGUUUGGCCAUGGGAAACACUCCCCAUCAUGGGAUGCUGGCAAGGGGAGCGCAGGCUGUUCCUUUCACCGAGAUUCCUGUUUUCCUGUAGUAAUAGUUAUUUAGGGGUAAGGUUUUCUCAGCUGGAAUGUCACUUUACAGAUUAAAAAAACCCAAAACAAUAAGGGCAAGGAGUCUGUCCUAAGGAGUUUACAGUCUACAGCAAAGACCAUAUAACCUGCAAUGCACUUUAGAAGCCUCAAAUGCUCACUCACCCAUGAAUUUACCCUCCACUGGGCAGCAGCACCUCGAGGACUGUUGUCCCUUCCUUAGGUGACCCCACGAGCAGCCCCACGACCACAUCCCCCCACUGAUGUCACAGUGGGGCUCUCCUGCCCCUCCACUACUACCCUGCAAAAGUGCCUGAGCAAAGUCCAGGAGUACCAAGCCAUGCUGGGUUUGUCCCUGUGCCCUCAGGGUGGGCCUUUCCCAGUCCCCACGCAGCUCUGCUCUCUGGGAUGGCCAUGGAUGUGAUGGGAACCAUGCCUGGAUGCACCACUGCCUGCCAAGACUUGGAGCUGCUCAUCAAUUCACGUGGUGGCCUCUGAGCUCAUGCAAAAUGUCCUCCUUCAGACACUUAGAAGCCAAACCAAGACUUUGACAUAUUUUGAUCUGUUUGAGAGUCAAAGGAUGGGGGAGGGUUGUGAAUCUGGUCUUCCUUGGACAAACUCCAGGUUUUCUAGGAUUGUUGUCUCAAGCUCUGCUUUCUCCAGGUAAAAAUUGAGCCUGGAUUUUGCUGGGGAACGGAACGAAAAAAACCCAAACAAAACUCCCAGUCAGGACCUUCAGUGAGGUUUGCCCCAACGCCUUCAGAACGUGCCCACAGGCAGGGUGGGGGCAGGACACCGGGGUGUUCCCAAGGGAGGACACCACCCUGGUGCUGUCAUGGCUGAGGCAGAGCCUGCAGCAAGGGAGGGGCUCUUGGUGAGGGAAAUCCCCAGGCAAGAUCUGGAUGGAACGUGCUUGGCCACAGAGUCCCCAAAGGCAGUGCAGAUGUGACUUUAUCCAUAUUAAUGUCUGGAUUACAGACUGGCAGGACCCUGAGGCCACGGGCUCCUCCACGGUGCUGCGUGAUAGCAGAGCAGGGAUGCUUCACCCCCCGUGGGCAUCUCCUAGUAGGGAUCUUUCCACAGGUUUCAGGCUCCCAGAGGUGCCUCUGUAGUCUCUUGUUCUUUGCAGGAGCAGGUUCAAACCUGUUAAACAAUGACCUGUCGGUGUUGUGAGCCCAAGUGUGUGGGAAGUGAGCCUUCCCCUGCACACCUUUCCCGUGGUGGCAAUGCCAGGGCCCUGACCUGGCCCUGGGGGACUUUCAGCCCAGUGGCAGCUCCAGCACUUAGUUCUGCAUAAAGUGUUAAGAGUGCAAAGAGGAGGAAAAAAAUAGAAAGAAAAUAGCCCAGCAUUUUAGGUUGGUUUUUCUCCCACUGCUCUGUACAGGGAAAACCUCAGGUGGGUAAAACCCCCUGAAAAUUCACAAAGGGCAGUGGGGAAAAUAACUCUGUUCUCCAUGUCAGUGAGGGACUCAAGUGCAUGGCACAGGAGUGAGUUGUGGCAGAAAGGAGCUGAGUCAGAUCUCGGGGAAGGCUUUGCCAAGGCAAGGGAUGGAGAAACUCUGAAACAGGCCACAGAGGCUCUGCCUUGGGAGGGCUUUGAGAAGCAGGUGGGCAAAUGCCAGGGAGGAGCACUGCCCAUGACCUUUUUAUGGGCCAGGGGGUGGUGGGGGUGCCCACAGGGCAUGUUUUCAAAACGUGUUUGUGGUUCUGCCUCAUCCCCUCCUUUGGGUGUCCCAGCCCCAAAGCAUCUCCCACCAGCCAGGGCAGCUGCUGAGGCUCUCUCUUGGUUUUGGUGUUGACCCUUAAAUGCAAUAAAGAUAAAACACCUGAGAGGGAAGGGUGUGAACUGAGUGAAAAACCAGGGCAUGCAGAUGUUACUGCUGUAUUUCCCUAGUUAGAAGGCAGCAGCUCCAGCAACUUGCUCCUGAGGACCCUUCAUGGCCUGCAGCUGCAGUGGGUAAACCAUGCUGGUAAAUUAGGGUGGAGUUUUUAAAAGUUACCCUUUGAUUUGGGUAGAUGAGAUCUAGCUUAGAUGAGAAAUCUAAAAAUAAAACACAACCCCCUCCCCCACAAAACUAAAAAGCAAACAAACAACUUACACGUGAUUUCCAGAAGGACAAUUUGUUCUGUUCCCUUCCCCUGGACCUCGAGGGAAGGUCAGACCCAGCAACUCAUCCCAGCUAUCAUCAACAAAAUGAAGCAGGUCUCACCACUUCCAAAAAAUCAUGUCCUGAGGAAACAGUAUUUAAGACAAAGCAGUAAGAACCUCAUCACAGUGCAGCAAGGAGAGGGGUCUCUUAUCACCCUAGGAGGUGCUUUUGACCCUGAAGGCCCUUCCCCAGCCCAAGUGUUUGAAAUCCUGUUGAUUUUCACCUCUUACCAGUGCUGGUCCAUGCCUGACACAGCUGGGAACACUUACACCACAGCAAGUCAUUUCUUACCAUGGAAAAGGCAACCAUAAAAGUCUUGUCUUUGAGCCUGGUGAUGUUCCUGUGACGCCCGUGGAGGAGAGGGUGAUUUCCUAAUGGCAGCAGGAACAGCUUUGGCACAGUCCUGCCAGGUCUUCAAAAAUCAAACUGUUAUGAGCCUCAACACCCCCCUCACUGCCCCUUCCCCCCCCAAUUUAUUUUAUACUGAGAUGUUUCAGGUCUACCUUUAGUUCUGGCCAGUUUUUAUCAAAUGGGGCCAUUCUUGGUGGUGCUUUUCAU